UCUUCGAUUCUGCUGCUUCGCCGCCGCCGCCGCCGCUCCUCCCGUCGACCUGCCGCCGCCGCCGCCGCUCUCCUCCCCCACGGCUUUCGCUCAGUUGUUAUUUUUAGCAAUGGCAUCAUCAUCAACUGGACCGUCCCCUUUGUAUUGUGGUCCCGAAGACCCGAGCGUACUUUACUUGCAACCGCAUCAUAUAACUGAAAGUAUAAUCUCUGGGAAUGAUACCGACACCUUUCAACCACGCAAAUUGGAUAAUAACAUUUUUCAAGCUCCAAUGCAUGACCGAGUGUUGGGGCAUAUAGAGCGGAUGGGUUUUGGUGGCGUGUACCGUUGUGGAAAGCCAAAAAUGUUGGACGCUUCACUUAUUGGGGCAUUAAUUGAGAGGUGGCGUCCCGAGACACACACGUUUCACCUUCCAGUUGGUGAAGCUACAGUGACCCUUCAAGAUGUCGAGAUGCUUUGGGGUUUAAGGGUUGAUGGUGAACCAGUUAUCCUUACACAAGUGAACCACACGAGAGAGUACUGGGUGGAUACGUGUUUGUCGCUUUUAGGUAUAGAACCUAGUCAAGCUGAAUUGAAGUUGGGGGGAUUUAAUGCCACUACACUGAAGGAUGUUGUUAGACACCGUCUUGACGACGAUCUACCCGAGUAUUAUUACAUGCGGCAUGCACGUAUAUUUGUGCUACUCCUACUAGGUUGUUUGAUCCUCCCAGACACUUCGGGGAGAAAAAUUCCCUUCCACCACAUUCUAUUACUAGAUGACGAGAAUCAGUGUUCACAACUUAGUUGGGGUGCAGCAGCGCUUGCCACUUUAUAUCACUACCUUUGUGAAGCUUCCAAUGGCAUCAUCAUCAACUGGACCGUCCCCUUUGUAUUGUGGUCCCGAAGACCCGAGCGUACUUUACUUGCAACCGCAUCAUAUAACUGA